AUGAUAAAAAAAUCAUUCUUCGGUGUGUGGUUCCGGGCUAUUCUAGUCAUUAUUUGUCGUGUUAUUUUAAUAAUAUUAAGCUCAAGUGUGUAUCAUACAUUUAUUGUGGUGGAAAUAUUAUUGAAUUCUAUUGUCUUUCAACAAAGACUGGCAAAGAUAUUAAAUCAAAUUAAUUAUGUUUUGAUAAGUGGAGUGACUACUGUUUUUCAAAUAUUUUCUAAGAAGACAAUCAUGAUGAACCCAUUGAUGCAGUGGCUUCUGCGGUUCCUCGUUUCUCUAUUGGCGAUAAUAGUCUACCCUUUGACGUACUUGUUAAAUUUGAGAAGAAAUAGAAAAUGCCCACCGCCAAGGAACCCUAUACUUUUCAAAUCAGCUACCACUCUGGCGAUGAUGAUAAGAAACAAACAGAUAACUUCAGAAGACGUCGUACGAGCCUACGUAGAAAGGUGUAAAGAAGUGAAUCCGUACCUAAACGCUAUUGUGGAACCUCGAUAUGAGAUAGCCAUAAGAGAAGCAAAGUCCAUAGAUAAGAUGAUCAGCUCAAACGAUCGUUCUACAGAAAUGCUUGAAAAGGAAUUCCCAUUACUAGGCGUCCCUAUGACAGUGAAAGAAAGUAUUGCUGUGGAAGGAAUGAGCAAUGACUCGGGUACAGUCUACCCCUAUCGAAAGCCGGCCACAAAGGACGCUGAGAUUGUACGCCUAGCGAGAGCAGCCGGGGCCAUACCUAUAGCUGUGACUAAUGCUCCACAAUUGUGCAUGAAUUGGGAGACUUAUAACAACGUCACAGGACUUACAAUGAACCCUUAUGACCAGAAGCGAACCGCGGGCGGCUCUUCAGGCGGCGAGUCGGUGCUCAUAGCAGCUGCUGCGUCGGUGAUCGGUGUGGGUUCGGAUAUUGCUGGUUCAUUGCGACUUCCUCCUAUGUUCAAUGGGAUAUUUGGACAUAAGCCUACCCCCAGGCUUUUAUCUAGUGAAGGUCAUGUACCAGAUUGCCUGGAUCCUGAUUUUGAUGAAUACUUCACACUCGGCCCUAUAACCAGAUAUGCUGAGGAUUUGACGCUAUUACUCAAAGUAUUGAGGCAACCGACCGGCCCUGAAGUACCUUUGGAAAAACCGGUAGACCUGACACGAUUGAAAUACUAUUACAUGGAGGGGGAUGGUGGCUAUGUACUAAAUAAAAUAGGACCAGAUGUACGAAAAGCUAUGGACAAAGCAAAAGCCUAUAUUAACAGUACUUACAAUUUAGACGUUCAAAAGCUCCAAAUCGAGAAUAUACAUCACAUGUGGGAGAUAAGUGUCAGAGUUUUGUUUAAAAUCAAACACGUUAGAAAUAUUUACACUGACCCAAAAGAGAGAGAGCAGUUAAUAUCAAUGUGGCCUGUAGUAUUGAAAAAGUUCUUAGGAAUGUCUGACCAUAAUUUGACGUGUGUCGCCUAUGGGCCGGCUCAGAAAUUCUUUGACAGUCUACCAGAUAGGUACUAUAAGAAGUUGCUGUCAAUAUUUGAACAAAUUAAAAGGGAUAUAGCAAAAGCGCUGUCAGACAACGCUGUGCUCUUUUUCCCGACGUACCCGAAUCCGGCGCAUCUACACUACAGAAUAUUCUAUAAAUUCUUGGACUGUGGAUAUUUGACGAUAUUCAAUGCGCUGGGGUUACCAUCUACCAAUUGUCCACUUGGAUUAACCGAUAAUGGGUUACCAGUGGGAAUGCAGAUAGUUUCAAAUAGGUGUAACGACCACCUCACUAUUGCAGUGGCGAAAGAAUUUGAGAAGGCCUUUGGUGGCUGGGUCCCGCCGAAUAAAGAAGUUUUCGAAAGUGUUAAGACUGCAUGA